AAAUGUCGACUGAGAUUUCAAGGCAAUAAAUGCGACCAUUUACUUGGAUACCUUCCCUUUCUUGAAUUCUCCUCCUUCAACCCCAACUUCAUCCACAUACCAUAAAUAUCAAAAUUAAAUUAACCCACACAUUUAAUGAAACAAUUACUCUAUUCAAUAACAACAAAAUUCAAUAAAAUAAAUAUAUCAUUUUAAUAAUCACACAAUUAAUAAUGAUAAAAAAAAAAAAAAAAAUCUGGUUGUAUCUGUAAAUUAAUGUCUUCUUUUUCUUUUUUUCUUUUUGUGUGUUUUACGCAGCCUCUAUCUCUCCUCUUAUAUAUAUAUAUAUACGUAGACAACACUUGCGCGUUGCUCUAAUUUCCUGUUCAAAAAAGACCCAUCAGUCUUCAAAUCUUUAUCUCCAUCUUUGCAUCUCUCUGAUAUGGCAGCUGAUGUGAGUUCUCUAUUUAGGGUUUUGAGUGGAUACAGGGAUGAUCGGAAAGUUAGCAAUGAACCUGCUGAUGGUAAAUCAACGGCUUCUUUGAUUACAAGGGAUUUGCUUGGUGCUGGCGAUGCUUCUUUAAAAGACGAGUCUCAAGAAUUGGACCUUGACUUGCAAGUUCCUAGUGGCUGGGAAAAAAGACUAGACUUGAAGUCAGGGAAGGUUUAUUUGCAGAGAUGCAAUUCUUCAAAUUCAUCAUUAUCAUAUUCAGAUCACAGGCAACAACCCAAUCAAACAGUUGCAGAGCUUCAAGAUUUAAAUUUCCCGCCAUCUCCUUCCAAGAUCACAUUAAAUCUUUUUGAAGAAGGUAACUUAGAAUUAAAGUUAGUUCCGUCUUCGCCAUCAUCAUCCCCAGCAGCAGCAACAUCAUCAUCGAGCAAUUACCAAAGUGUGUGCACCCUAGAUAAAGUAAAAUGCGCACUUGAAAGGGCAGAGAAAGAACCGAUUAAGAAGCGAUCAACGCUGUGGAAAUCGCCUUUAUCGCCUUCAUAUUCUUCGUCAUCAUCUUCGAUUAAAGAGGUUCAGGAAGAAGAGAAUGAAGAGAAAUCUGUUCCCUCACCAAUCGCAGUUGGGUGCCCAGGUUGUUUAUCUUAUGUAUUGAUAAUGAAAACUAACCCGAAAUGCCCUAGAUGCAAUACUCUUGUGCCAGUGCCACUGGCAAAGAAGCCCCGGAUCGAUCUCAACAUAUCAAUUUGAGAUUGAUAAGCCUAAAUUAUAUAGGCUUUAGAUUCUAGGGGCUCAGAUGAUAGAAAUGUAGGCAUGGAAACAGUUAAAUCCAAAAAAAAAAAAAAGUUUUUCAUGGUUUUUGCUGUCAUAUAGGAGGUUAAGAAAAAAAAAAAAAAUCUUCUGUAUAUAUUUUCCCUCUACUGCUUAGGCUAACAAGCUAUUUUUGGUUUUCAUACUUGUAUUACUUGGCUCCUGCUUUAGUCUUGGAAUAUCAUUACACUUUCUUCAUCUUAGAAGAGAACAAAGAAGACCCUUUUAUAGAGGUGAUUCAAAA